AAUAUGGCGGCCUACUGAGCAAAAAAAAAAUUCAUUCAUGUUUAUACAACAAUAAAAAAUAUUGUGUUAUUUGUCAUCUUUUAAGCUACAUUUUUUAUUGAAUUGAAUAAGAACAUUGAUAAGGUGCUUCCAAAUCAAAAUAAGCAACAUGUGAUUAACUUUCAAUUCAGUAAAUUGUCAGUAUGAGUGAGUAAACAACAUGAUAAUACAUGAACUAUUGCCAGUUUAAUUCUUAGCUACAAGAAAACUAUAUUUUGUUGUAACAGGAGCUAAACUUGUAACAUCAUGGCUACAAAGGUCGGUGUUAAUCGUGCAAAGAAAAGGGCACAAACUAGUACUCGUGAGAAAGUUGUGUUCAGUAUAUUUGUUAAGCUAUUCACAGGAGAAAAAUUUCCACUUAAAAACAUUUCUAGUGAAAUGAAGAUUAGAGACUUGAAAAUGUACAUGGAGUUCGCAACAGGUGUUCCAGUUCAUAUGCAAAGAAUCAGCUAUUUAGAUGAUGGUGAACUUUUAGACCAAACUGAUAUCCGCAGCAAUGACAUUGUUCCUGGUGCAACACUUAUGAUGCAUGUCUGGCCUAUGUGGAAAGAGUUAAUCGAAGCAUGUUCAACUAAUGAUCUAGAAUGGGUGUUUCGUCUUGGUGUCACCCAGCCAACUGAUUAUCACACACCAGGUAGUGACUACAUGACAAAAAGAGCCCGGAAGGCAUGGCUGCAGGAACGUGCAUUUCUUGCCUUGUUCAUUGCAGCACAUAGAGGCCAUGAAAAACUAGUCAGGAGAUUGAUAGAAGCUGGAGCUGAUGUCAAUGCCUGUACACCAUUGGGGCGUACUCCACUGCAUGUGGCAGCAUCACAGGGUCAUGGUCACAUUGUAGAUCUGCUCCUGGAGAAAGGUGCAGAUAUCGAUGCGGAGGAUGAAUCUGGUGCAUCAGCACUUACCAUUGCCGCGAGAUUCGGACACAAAACCUGUGAGCGACAUUUAUUCUUGUUCAGAUGGCAGGAACGUGCCAAGCGCACAAAACCAAGUGCCGAGCCUCCAAGAAUGGCCCAUCAGUAUUACGAUUCCUCGUUUCCGGUGUGGAAACGUGGUGGAAAAUGUCAAAUAUAUUUCAUGAACAUUUUACCACCUGGUGAAUAUGAGGGAUCGAGAUUCAAUUCUCCAAAGAAACGAACUGAAUUAACCGAGGAUGAAAUAGAAGAAAUUGAAGCCAUUGGACGAGACGGAAGAUUACCUGCCAUUAAAGAAGGGAAAAGAUUGCGAGCGAAAAG